ACCCCGCCACCCUCCUCGCCCUCCAAUCUCUCUCGCGCGUUCUCUCUCUCUCUCUCACUCUGCCUCGCGCUGUCAUCUGUGCCGGCCAGCAAGCUGCGCUCACAGGGCAUGACAAGUGCAAGUGACGGAGAUUCUUCGAGGAAAUCGCGUGUCACCACCAUCUGUUCUUUAAAAAAACUUCAUAGCCCGUGGGUUCGGAGAAAGAAAUGAACAAUUAAAGAGGCUCCGGGUUGUGUUUGCGUAAUCAAGACAGAGGGUGAGGCGAUGAAUGGAACCAGGCCACUGGCGCACAUUAUCCGUGACGUCCCAAUCCGUCUCGUCCGAGUGCUGACUAACGACUGCCAUUAAAGGAAGGGACUUUGCGAGGUGGACAGCGCGUGGUGCGCACGUGGCCCAACAUGGCGGCGGGAACGGGUCACUCCGUCGGCGCGGCCCCUGGACGCGAAUUGUCACGGAGGAACCCGACGGCUACGCGAGCCGGCGGGGUCGGAUGUCACCGCGGCGCGUCGUCGAGGCGCUCACGAUGUCCGAAUCCACAACGGGCCGGGCCCGGCUCCCUCGUGCCAUCAACACACAAGUCGCUGCUGCACUCGCUGCUGCUGCUGCAGUUGCUGCUGCUGCUGUGCCCCGAGACGGCUGCGGAUUCGUGCCCGGCUGUGUGCCGAUGCAACAGCGGCUUUAUUUACUGCAACGACCGCGGUCUCACGGCCGUGCCGAGCGGGCUGCCGCGAGACGCCACCACCAUCUACCUGCAGAACAACCGCAUCACCAACGCUGGCCUUCCCACCAUGCUGCAGGCGCUGUUGUCCGUCGAGGUCCUCUACCUGUACGACAACCAGCUGGAGGAGUUCCCGGCGCACCUGCCCCCGAACCUGCGUGAGCUCCACCUGCAGGAGAACAACAUCGAGGUGGUGCCGGGCGUGGUGCUGGAGCGCACGCCAUUCCUCGAGAAGCUCCACCUGAACGACAACUCCGUGUCGAGCGCCGGCAUCGAGCCCGCCACGUUCCACGGGACGCCGCGCCUCAAGCUGCUCUUCCUCUCCCGCAAUCACCUGAGCAGCGUCCCCCGCGGCCUGCCGAGGGGCCUCGAGGAGCUGCGGCUGGACGACAACAGGAUCUCGCGCAUCCCCGACCGCAUCUUCGGCCAGCUGACCUACCUGAGCCGCCUGGCGCUCGACGGGAACAUCCUGGGAGACGCCAGCAUCUCGGCCUCCUCCUUCUCGGGGCUGCCGUCGCUCACCGAGCUGUCGCUUGCUCGGAACGUUCUCACCACCGUCCCCACGCACCUGCCCAUGCUUGGCCUGCAGAAGCUGAUUCUGCAGGACAACCAGAUCUCGCGCCUUCCGCCCGGCGUCUUCUAUGGCCUCAAGCAGCUGCAGAGGAUCGACUUGUCCGGGAAUGGGCUUCGCAGCCUGUCGCAGGGCUCCUUCAACGGCCUCGAGUCCCUGAGCCACCUGUCGGCGUGCAACAACCCAUGGCACUGCGACUGCGGCCUCAUCUGGCUGCGGAACUGGCUGCGGAGCAGACCCAAUGUGAACGCGAGAGGGCUCACGUGCCAGACGCCGGAGCGGUUCAAGGGGACGCUCAUCCGUGACUUUGGCCUCAAGGAGAUUUCUUGCAUCGGCAUCUCAAAGGGGAUGGCGCCGGCCGGCAUUCCGCCCAUGCCCCUGGCCACGGUGCUGACGGAAGCCGAUGACUUCUCCUCCACGUCGUCGUCCGUAUUCACGUACGGGAGGGAGGGCGGGGGCGGCGGCCACGCCAAGGUCAUCUCCUCGUCUUCGAGGAUCCACGUGCCAGGCACGAUCUCGGCUCCGAUGUCCGACGGAACGCAGCUCGUCUUCUCCCCGUGCCCGGACAGGGAGAACAGCGUGCGCCUGCACUGGCAGGACGCGGGUGCGCGCUCGUCGCCCACGGCCGCCUACCGCGUCAGCUGGGUGCGGCUGGGCCUGGCCGCCAGGGGUGCGGGCCCCCCGCCGUCCGCCAGCGAGCCGCACCUCGACAGCCACGAGGCCACCGUGCUGGGCGCCGGCGAGUUCCUCAUCGCCAACCUGGAGCCGCGCUCCACCUAUCGGAUCUGCGCCACCCCGUUGCCGCAUGCCAAGGGGGUCCAACGCCGCGGGCAGUUCGCGCAGGAGCAGGGCACGGCGGAGGAGCGGCCCGCGGACGGCACCUGCGUGAACGUCGACACGACGCGGCUGCAGAAGGCCGGGGCGCGGCACCCGGGCAAGGGCCCCGCGGCGGCCUCGUCGGCGGUCGGGCCCGGCGGCGGCGGCGGCGGCGGCGAGGAGCAGCGGCCGCGGCAGCAGCAGCCGUCGCUGCUGCCGCUCGCCGGGAUGGUGGGCGGCGCGGUGGCGGCGGCCCUCUUCGUGGCGCUGCUCGCCGCCUUCUGCUGGUACGUGCACCACCACCACCGCCGCCACGGCGGGUCGCGCCGCUCCGCGGGACAGCCGCUGUACGGGCGCGCGCAGCAGCGCCCGGCGAGGGGCCGGGGGCGCGCGUGGAGCCAGGGCGGCCGCCGCCAGAGCUGGAGCCGCGGACGCGCCGAGGACGGGGGCGACGUGGGGGACGAGGACGAGGAGGACAACGACGAGAGGGCGGAGGUCGGCUACUACGAGCCGGCCACCAAGCCCGGCGGCGGCUCCAUCCUGGAGAUCUGCGAGACGCGCUUCGAGGCGGUGCCGCUCAACGAGCCGUGCUGCGCCGGCGUGGCCAAGUCGGCGUACGCCAUACGGACCAUCUUCCCGCCGGCGCGCGGAGGGGAGCUCAUGGUUUACCAGCGGGACACGAGCAAUAGCAGCAACAGCAGCAACCGCAGCUACAGGGACAGCGGGAUUCCGGACUCUGACUACUCGCACACGUGAUGCGUCCCGUCAUGCUUCCCCAUAAUAACAGAUUAUUGUUGUUGUUGUUGUUAUAAUAAUAGCGUCGCUAAGGUGGCACAGAGCAGGAGGGCUACGACGAUAAUCACGCCGCUCGCACGGGAGUACGUACCCAGACUUGUCGAUGCAAAGCAGAGAGAGGCAAAAUUAAUCGACGGCAUAAAUAUAUAACGCGAAACGUUUCACGAAGAACAAAACAAGAGGCGGGUGGGAAGGAACAAGAAGAUGAAUACAACUGAACACGACAGCAAUGUAUCAAAUAUUUUAUAUUGUUAAUAUGUCACUGGACUGUCGAAAACUGGAACCAAUUAUUUUGUUUCUAUAGGACGAAACUGUACACGUUUUAUUAGCACUUGGACUUUUAGUGUGGUUUAUGGGUAUUUUUAAAAUUGACAAAUGUGUUACCUUUGGUUGAGUGGUUUAUGUUGCUUACAUAAAGGUGCCGAAAGCUAUCGCUCGCUGUUCGUUGUGCAUAAAACACUAUAAGGUAACGUUCGCUGCAUUUGUAAAAGCUUAUUUAGGUAAAUAACACUUAAGGCUGGUUUAUUUUUUAAUGUUUAAACAGCCUUUGCUUCGAUAACCUAUUUGGGGAAAUACGAUUUAAAAAAAAGUUGCGUAUGCUUUUGUUGUCCAGAGAUAAGACUGCUGUAUAAAAAAAAAUCAAGAAUCUGUUUUAAAUAUUUAUGCACUGUUGCUGCAGGGUUACUGGAAUGCAGUUUUUCAAGCCAAUGGCAAUGAUCAACACACAUCGACCGAAUGACCAUGAGUAUAGCGCUAUCGAUUGCAUUUGAAUGGAAGCACUGUACAUAUUCACGUUUCCAUUUUACACCGCAUGGAGUUUCACAUUUUUGGGGGGGUAUUUUUUUUUUACACUUAACAAGCGUUCAGCAGGGUACGGAGACUUGUGAUCUUAGCAGAAAUGCAUAGCGAUGACACCCCAGCCACAAUCAGGCUCGUCGAAGAGGUGCUUUGCCUGCUCUCUGCGUCUGCUGGGGCGUGAAGGCAAGUCGUUAUUUUUUGUAAUCAAAUGAAGGGGGGAGGGAACAGCUGAAGGCAUUGAAAAUCUCCCAAUAUUUUGUUUGUUGUUUAAGUACACGCUACCCGAAAAUAUGUCCUCAUGUAAAUUAUUACUAUUGUUAUUAACACUGCUGUCAUUAAUUAUCCGUAAGGUUUUCGUUCAAAUGCUUUCAGCAAGACAGACGUCAGGCAUUCUUGUGUUUUUUUUGGGGGGGGAGGGAGUCCAGUCUACAUUUCGCGCGAAUCGCAAGACAUUCGACUCACUUUGCUCGUGAAUUGAUCGGGGUCAAAAGACGUCUCUCCCACUCAGACGUGGCAUUGACGAUCGGUUGAAGCAAAAGUGUAGGCGUCUAAAGCCUGGAAUGCGGUGAGUUAUGAAGCUGUGGGUGUCCUCAAUUUUUGGGCCCUGGCCCACAAGCGAACUUUAAGGCACGUCAAUUGUAAUCGUCCGCGGGGACGCUUUAUAAAACUUGGACUUGUGUUCCCCAAAAAAACAUAUACCCUCGAAAGCAGAUGGCUGUUGUUUACCUGGCAGAAGGGGAAGCCUCAAAUUGAAAGUGGCAAAAAAGCUGCAUCACCGCAAUUUCCUGCUCACCCCACCAUGGUGUUCGGUAACAAAAAAGAGUAGCGGUGUGAUUAUUACACUUUGCUUCUGCCUCCCCCAAGGUACAGCAAAUCUCGCACGGUCCCCCAUGAUCCACACCAUUUCAUGCGGCAGAGCAGAGCAAAUGGUUGUGAUUGUUUUAAAAGAAACACACACACACACCGGGGGCGGACGGGAGAUUAGCGGCUCAGAUGAUUCCAUUUGCAGCUUCCGCAACUGCAACUGUGAGAAGGUUCACAAAAGGAGAGCAGCGGUGACGAGCCUCGGGUACGAACGAAAAGGCGUCUCCCGCACGACGUCGAUUCGCGCGGACAAAAAUGCGUCCGACCCUGGCGCACGCGGCAACGGUCUCGCAAUGUUCUCUGCGCACGACGCACGGCAGUCGAGACGGGGUUGUCCUGUGCCGCCACGCGUUAUGAACGGGUCACGUUGGUUCGGAGACCGCUCUUUGUUGGUUUUUUUCCGGAGACUGCGGAGGAUGGCGGUGGGUGAAGAUUUUUUUGAGGGGCUAUGCAGAGGGACGUUGCGUUUCUCCGUACCCACGUUUUUUUUUUAAUCUAUUUAUUCCCUUACCGUUCACAGUUCAGUGGGUGUCAAGCCUAAAAUUAUUUUUUAUUCUGAUGUAGUGUAAGAACGUGCUCGCUACAUGUAUAUACUUAUCAAGAUAAUAUAUAUAAUUUCGGUGAAACAUACUUCAAUUUAUGUGGCCAAAAUUUGCUAAUAUGCAUUGGUUCUUAAUUUUACGCAACUGCACGCACACACACACAUCCACGCAGGAAUUCAUACAUAUUCAUGGCAGACGAUCACUACAGAUUAACAAGCACGCAUGAAUUACGGCACGCAAAUACAUGCGCGCGCACACACACGAGCAUGCAUACCCAUAUACACACACACACAGAGAGUUACGAAAGGUCAGGCUAAGGUUACGUUUACAUUGGCCUAAGGGAAGUUUCCUUCAUUUAAAUAACAUUGCAUUUUUACACGUCAAAAUCUAAUCCUAAUUUUGGUGCAUUGAUUGGAGUGUUAUACAAUCGUCUGUGUCAUUAUUGCUGCCUCUGUAUUUUAGUUUAUUUUAUUUACUUUUUAAAGCGGUAGCUUUUUUUUUAUCAACCAAAGCCAAAAUAUCUGAUUGCCUUAUGGCAGCGUGUGCCUUGAUGUAUCUCCCUGAUGAGUCGCUUUGGGAGCCCGUGUGUGCAUUUAAAUGUUUUGCACAAAAAAGGAGAGGAGGAAGGGGGGAAACAAAAAAACAAAUCGUGUGAAUAAUUAAUGAAAAGUGUACCUUUCCUUUGUGCUGAAAAU